GCGCAUGCCUACAGGGUGCGACGGAGAGGGCGGCGCGCUGUGGAGGCGGGGGGUCGGGACGUCAGGCUUUCGCGGGGAACUGUCUGCCUGCUAGGAUGGCCGGCAGGGGGAAGCUGAUUGCGGUGAUCGGAGAUGAGGACACGGUGACUGGCUUCCUGCUGGGCGGCAUAGGGGAGCUGAACAAGAACCGCCACCCUAAUUUCCUGGUGGUGGAGAAGGAUACCACCGUCAAUGAGAUCGAAGACACUUUCCGGCAGUUUCUAAACCGGGAUGACAUCGGCAUCAUCCUCAUCAACCAGUACAUCGCAGAGAUGGUGCGGCAUGCGCUUGACGCCCACCAGCGCUCCAUUCCGGCCGUUCUUGAGAUUCCAUCCAAGGAGCACCCCUAUGAUGCCGCCAAGGACUCCAUCCUGCGCAGGGCCAGGGGCAUGUUCACGGCCGAAGACCUGCGCUAAGGGACUCCCCACACCCCUGCAACCUCUCCCAGGCUUGCCAUCAGCCCCUCUCUAAGUUUUGAGCCUCUAACUUCCAAUACCCUGCCCCUUCCCACUCCAUUGAGAGGCUAGAUGAGGUGCUUCCACGUUGUUGGGGCUCUGUCAGUAAAGUUAAGGCUGGUUAGGGAACAGGAAACCUGAUUGUCUUCUCUCCAUUACCUCUCCCCUGUGCUGUUACAGAGUGUCAUUGUUGAUGUUAAAUUAAAGUAAUGUUCUUCUCUCCAAA